AGAUGGCUCUUCAACCUUGAAAGGAGGAUGUCGGCAUCUGAAGGCGGGAAAGACAUCACCCCAGAGCCCAGUCCAGCCAAUGGGGCAGGCCCUGGUCCUGAAUGGGGGCUGUGCCCUGGGCCCCCAGAAUCAGGGGGUGAAAUCAGUGAGGCAUCAGGCCUGGGGACCCCUAAGCGAAGGACUCAGCACAGUAAGCACAAGACGGUGGCAGUGGCCAGUGUUCAGCGGUCACCCCGGGCGCUCUUCUGCCUCACCCUGGCCAACCCUCUGCGGCAGUCCUGCAUCAGCAUCGUGGAGUGGAAGCCCUUCGACAUCCUCAUCCUGCUGACCAUCUUUGCCAACUGCGUGGCCCUGGGGGUCUACAUUCCCUUCCCAGAAGAUGACUCCAACACUGCCAACCACAACCUGGAGCAGGUGGAGUACGUAUUUCUGGUGAUUUUCACUGUGGAGACGGUGCUCAAGAUCGUGGCCUAUGGGCUGGUGCUCCAUCCCAGCGCCUACAUCCGCAAUGGCUGGAACCUACUCGAUUUCAUCAUCGUUGUGGUUGGGUUGUUCAGCGUGCUGCUGGAGCAGGGCCCCGGGCGGCCUGGAGAUGCUCCGCAUACUGGAGGGAAGCCGGGGGGCUUCGAUGUGAAGGCGUUGCGGGCAUUUCGGGUGUUGAGGCCACUGAGGCUGGUGUCUGGAGUCCCGAGCCUGCACAUAGUGCUCAAUUCCAUCAUGAAGGCGCUGGUACCGCUGCUGCACAUCGCUCUGCUCGUGCUCUUCGUCAUCAUUAUUUAUGCCAUCAUCGGACUCGAGCUGUUCCUCGGACGCAUGCACAAAACGUGCUACUUCCUGGGAUCUGAGAUGGAAGCGGAGGAGGACCCAUCGCCCUGUGCGUCUUCAGGCUCUGGAAGCUCUGGGCGUGUGUGCACGCUGAACCAGACCGAGUGCCGCGGGCGCUGGGCAGGGCCCAACGGAGGCAUCACUAACUUCGACAACUUCUUCUUCGCCAUGCUGACGGUCUUCCAGUGUGUCACCAUGGAAGGAUGGACGGAUGUGCUCUACUGGAUGCAGGAUGCCAUGGGGUAUGAGCUGCCCUGGGUGUAUUUCGUGAGUCUCGUCAUCUUUGGGUCCUUCUUCGUCCUCAACCUUGUACUUGGCGUCCUGAGUGGGGAGUUCUCCAAGGAGAGGGAGAAGGCAAAAGCACGAGGGGACUUCCAGAAGCUGAGGGAGAAGCAGCAGUUGGAGGAGGACCUGCGGGGCUACCUGGACUGGAUCAUGCAGGCAGAGGAGCUGGACAUGGAAGACCCCUCAGCUGAUGGAAACUUUGGUUCUGUGGCUGAAGAGGGCAGGGCUGGCCACCGACCACAACUGGCAGAGCUGACCAGUAGGAGACGUGGCCGUCUGCACUGGUUCAGUCACUCCACCCGCUCCACACACUCCACCAGCAGCCAUGCCAGCCUUCCAGCCAGUGACACUGGUUCCAUGGCAGAGACUCCGGGCGAUGAGGAAGAGGAGGAGGGGGCUCUGGCCAGUUGUACACGCUGCCUAAACAAGAUCAUGAAAACCAGGGUCUGCCGCCGCCUCCGUCGAGUCAACCAGGGUCUCCGGGCAUGCUGCCGGCGAGCUGUGAAGUCCAAUGCCUGCUACUGGGCUGUGCUGCUGCUUGUCUUCCUCAACACGCUCACCAUUGCUUCAGAGCACCACGGGCAGCCCAUGUGGCUCACCCAGACCCAGGAGUAUGCCAACAAAGUGUUGCUCUGUCUGUUCACGGUGGAGAUGCUUCUCAAGUUGUAUGGUCUGGGCCCCUCCACCUACGUUUCCUCCUUCUUCAACCGCUUUGACUGCUUCGUGGUCUGUGGGGGCAUCCUGGAGACCACACUGGUGGAGGUGGGUGCCAUGCAGUCCCUGGGCAUCUCAGUGCUCCGAUGUGUGCGCCUCCUCAGGAUCUUUAAAGUCACCAGGCACUGGGCAUCUCUAAGCAAUUUGGUGGCAUCCCUGCUCAAUUCAAUGAAAUCCAUUGCAUCCUUGCUGCUUCUCCUCUUCCUCUUUAUCAUCAUCUUCUCCCUGCUUGGCAUGCAGCUGUUUGGGGGCAAGUUCAACUUUGACCAGACACACACCAAACGAAGCACCUUCGACACCUUCCCCCAGGCCCUCCUCACUGUCUUUCAGAUCCUGACGGGUGAGGACUGGAAUGUGGUCAUGUAUGAUGGUAUCAUGGCUUAUGGCGGCCCCUUCUUCCCAGGGAUGCUGGUGUGCGUCUAUUUCAUCAUUCUCUUCAUCUGCGGCAACUACAUCCUGUUGAAUGUGUUUCUUGCCAUUGCUGUGGACAACCUAGCCAGCGGAGAUACAGGCACUGCCAAGAACAAGGGCAGGGAGAAGAGCACUGAAGGGAAACACCCACAGGAGAAUGGAUCGUUAGUGCCUGGUGGGGAGAAUGAGAAAGAGGAGGGUGCAAAGAAUGAAGGAGCAGGCAUGGAGGACGAGGAGGAGGAGGAAGAAGAAGAGGAGGAAGAAGAGGGUGCAGGACGUGUGGAACUCCUACAGGAAGUUGUUCCCAAGGAGAAGGUGGUGCCCAUCCCUGAGGGCAGCGCCUUCUUCUGCCUCAGCCAAACCAACCCAAUGAGGAAGGCUUGCCACACCCUCAUCCACCAUCAUGUCUUCACCAAUCUUAUCCUGGUAUUCAUCAUCCUCAGCAGUGUGUCCUUGGCCGCUGAGGACCCCAUCCGAGUCCACUCCUUCCGCAACCAUAUUCUGGGGUACUUUGAUUAUGCCUUCACCUCCAUUUUCACUGUGGAGAUUCUACUAAAGAUGACGGUGUUCGGGGCCUUCCUGCACCAAGGCUCCUUCUGCCGUAGUUGGUUCAAUCUGUUGGAUCUGCUGGUGGUCAGUGUGUCCCUCAUCUCUUUUGGCAUCCACUCCAGCGCAAUCUCGGUAGUAAAGAUUCUGCGAGUACUCCGAGUACUUCGGCCCCUUAGAGCCAUCAACCGAGCCAAGGGACUCAAGCACGUGGUGCAGUGUGUGUUCGUGGCCAUCCGGACCAUCGGGAAUAUCAUGAUUGUAACCACACUUCUGCAAUUCAUGUUUGCCUGCAUUGGUGUGCAGCUCUUCAAGGGGAAAUUCUACAGUUGCACUGAUGAGGCCAAACACACCCCCAAAGAAUGCAAGGGCUCCUUCCUGGUCUAUCCUGAUGGAGAUGUGUCACGGCCCUUGGUCCGGGAGCGGCUCUGGGUCAACAGCGAUUUCAACUUUGACAAUGUCCUUUCAGCCAUGAUGGCUCUGUUCACUGUCUCCACCUUUGAAGGCUGGCCUGCGCUGCUAUACAAGGCCAUUGAUGCACAUGCAGAGGACCAGGGACCCAUCUAUAAUUACCAUGUGGAGAUUUCAGUGUUCUUUAUUGUCUAUAUCAUCAUCAUCGCAUUCUUCAUGAUGAACAUCUUUGUGGGCUUCGUCAUCAUCACUUUCCGUGCCCAAGGGGAACAGGAAUACCAAAACUGUGAGCUGGACAAGAACCAGCGCCAGUGCGUGGAGUACGCUCUCAAGGCCCAGCCACUCCGCCGCUACAUUCCCAAGAACCCGCAUCAGUAUCGUGUGUGGGCCACUGUGAAUUCUGCUGCCUUUGAGUACCUCAUGUUUCUGCUCAUCCUGCUCAACACGGUUGCUCUAGCCAUGCAGCACUAUGAGCAGACUGCUCCCUUCAACUAUGCCAUGGACAUCCUCAACAUGGUCUUCACUGGCCUCUUUACUGUUGAGAUGGUGCUCAAAAUCAUCGCCUUCAAACCUAAGCAUUACUUUGCCGACGCCUGGAACACAUUUGAUGCUCUUAUUGUGGUGGGCAGCGUAGUGGACAUUGCUGUCACUGAAGUCAACAAUGGUGGCCAUCUUGGCGAGAGCUCUGAGGACAGUUCCCGCAUUUCCAUCACUUUCUUUCGCCUCUUCCGAGUCAUGAGACUGGUCAAGCUUCUCAGUAAGGGUGAAGGGAUCCGCACAUUGCUCUGGACAUUCAUCAAGUCCUUCCAGGCCUUGCCCUAUGUUGCUCUUCUCAUCGCAAUGAUAUUCUUCAUUUAUGCAGUCAUUGGGAUGCAGAUGUUCGGCAAGGUGGCCCUUCAGGAUGGCACACAGAUCAACCGAAACAACAACUUUCAGACUUUUCCACAGGCUGUACUGCUUCUGUUCAGGUGUGCCACUGGUGAGGCAUGGCAGGAGAUAAUGCUUGCCACACUUCCUGGGAAUCGAUGUGACCCUGAGUCUGACUUUGGCCCUGGCGAGGAGUUUACCUGUGGUAGCAAUUUUGCCAUCGCCUAUUUUAUUAGCUUCUUCAUGCUCUGUGCCUUCCUGAUUAUAAAUCUCUUUGUGGCUGUGAUCAUGGACAACUUUGAUUACUUAACCAGAGAUUGGUCCAUCCUGGGGCCCCAUCACCUCGAUGAAUUCAAGAGGAUCUGGUCUGAAUAUGACCCUGGGGCCAAGGGCCGCAUCAAGCACCUGGAUGUAGUUGCCCUGCUGAGACGCAUCCAGCCACCACUGGGAUUUGGGAAGCUGUGCCCACACCGAGUGGCCUGCAAGAGACUGGUGGCGAUGAACAUGCCUCUCAACUCAGAUGGGACAGUGACAUUCAAUGCCACACUCUUUGCCCUGGUUCGGACAUCCCUGAAGAUCAAGACAGAAGGGAACCUGGAGCAAGCCAAUCAGGAGCUUCGGAUUGUCAUCAAAAAGAUCUGGAAGCGGAUGAAGCAGAAGCUGCUAGAUGAAGUCAUCCCCCCUGCUGAUGAGGAAGAGGUCACCGUGGGCAAAUUCUAUGCCACAUUUCUGAUCCAGGACUAUUUCCGCAAAUUCCGGCGAAGGAAAGAAAAGGGGCUACUAGGGACCGAGGCCUCCCCAAGCACCUUCUCUGUCCUUCAGGCUGGUCUGAGGAGCCUACAGGACUUGGUUCCUGAGAUCCGACAGGCCCUCACCUGUGACAUAGAUGAAGAGGAAGAGGAAGAGGGGCAGGGUAGAGAGGAAGAGGAAGAUGAGAAGGACCCAGAAACAUACCAAGCUCCAAUGGGCUCCCAGCCCCCAUCCCGUAGGAGCUCCCUGAUUUCUGUGUCUCUGCCAACUGGGGACAAACUGCCAGAUUCACUCUCCCUGGGGCCCAGUGAUGAUGAUGCGGGGGCUCCCAACUCCAGACAGUCCAGUGUGCCCCAGGUUGGAUCCCAUGCUCACAGGAGAAGUUCUGGGGCUCUCAUUUUCACCAUUCCGGAAGAAGGAAGUUUUCAGCCCAAGGGAACUGAAGGGCAAGAGAAACAGUAUGAGGAAGAGGAAGUCCCGGGACAGUAUUCUGGCCACAACAGGGGCUCCUACAUACAUGAGCAGGCCGCGACUCCCUCUUGCCCCAUCCUUUUGCCACCUCACAGACCCCAAAGAUACAUGGAUGGGCACUACGCACCACGCCGCCGUCUGCUGCCCCCAACACCUGCAGGUCGGAAGCCCUCCUUCACCAUCCAGUGUCUGCGGCGCCAGGGAAGUUGUGAAGAUUUACCCAUCCCAGGCACCUAUCAUCGUGGGCGAAACUCAGGGCCCAGCAGGGCACAGGGUUCCUGGGCAACCCCUCCUCAGCGGGGUCGGCUCCUGUAUGCCCCACUGUUCUUGGUGGAGGAGGGUGCAGCAGGGGAGAGAUACCUCAGCAAAUCCAGCGGUCCGCUUUGCACCUUCACCUGCCUGCAAGUGCCUGGAACCCACUCAGACCCCAGUCAUGGCAAGAGGGGCAGUGCUGACAGCCUGGUGGAGGCUGUGCUCAUCUCUGAGGGCCUGGACCUCUUUGCCCGAGACCCGCGCUUUGUGGCCCUGGCCAAGCAGGAGAUCGCGGAUGCAUGUCGCCUGACACUGGACGAGAUGGACAGUGCUGCCAGUGACCUGCUGGCACAGAGAACCAGCUCACUUUAUAGUGAUGAGGAGUCCAUCCUCUCCCGCUUCGAUGAAGAGGACCUGGGAGAUGAGAUGGCCUGUGUCCAUGCCCUCUGAAUUCCCACCCCUACCCCACUGCUCAAUAAACCUCCUGCCCUCUCUUCCCCAGAGGGAGACAGGCGUAGACCACACUCUUGGAGUUUGAUGUCUUUGCACUCGGAGCCUAGGGCUGCCUGAAAGCCCCCAUCCAUCCAUCCAUCCAUCCAUCCAUCCUGGUUCAGUGCUGAGCCACUGCCCACACAUGGGUAUUUCCGGAAACCAGGACAGCCAGGUCUGAUUACUCAGCGUCAGUGAAGGAGGGAGGAGGAGGAGGAAGAGACAGCAGCCAAAAAAAGCU